GGAGAUUUGGCGUCUAUAGUUACCACACGUAGUGCGGAAGAGCGAAGACAUUGACGACGAUCAAACACAGCUAGUUAUACGUCAGUGACAAAACAAAAGAAAACACAUACAGAGAGCGAACAUUUGUCGUACUGCCUCCAAACAAUUCGCCAUUGAUGACUGAACGCACCAUCAUGGAAAUGACCACAGGGAAUUUGGAGAAUACCUCCAGACCUGCAUCAGCUGAAUCUUCUGCGAACAUACACAGAGGCCAGUUUGAUAUCAAUGCAACCGAUGAAGAAAAGCAAGACCCUGAGCUGCGGAAGGCCAUUGAGGAAAUGAGGAGACUUGAUGAAAUACUGUCUACAUGCAUGUGUAGAUUAAAAAAAGCCAAGCGCCAAAGGAAAGAACUCCAAGCACAGCUUUGGCAAGAGCUAAAGGAACGUUUUGAAGGAGGCCGCUCUGAAAGUAGCCAUGAAGCGAUGAGCGCAAGGCUGUUUUUGGCUUUAGAAGCACCAAUUGGGCCUCCAGUGAGGGAUGACUUUGUGUCAGUGUUUCAAACUCAGUUAAGUGACUGUGAAGUAGACAGAAGACUGCAACGCUUAUUAGAAAGUGAAGAGGGAUCAGACAACUGGAGCAAAGCGUCCGAGUCAGUGUGCGAGGAGACCACCGAAGGGAGCCACGGGGAGGCCGCCAAGGCCAAGAAAAAAGAGAAGAACUUUGUCAAGAGGAACAUUGAGCUUGUAAGUGGCAAAGGGGGCCAAGUGCUGUUGACACAGGCAGAGGAAGAGCGCCUGGCCGAGCUCCUGCGAGACAUAGAUGAAGAGGAAAAGGACAGUGCCAGUGACGCAGACAACGAGGAGAACAUGUGGGCCUUGCCGGUGUCGACAAGCGAGGGUUACACCCAGGGGAACACCGACCUGGAGCGACUGAGUGCCAUUGAUGCUGAACUCCGUGUUUUCCAACCGGUUGUCGAACUCCCUUCACCGCAGAGCUCCUCUUAUACACUCUUAAAUGAGGAAUGUGGCUCGGACAUCGGGCCGAAGCGUGAUUGUGACGCUCAGCCAGGAGAGAAGGUUCUGCAGGAUAUCAAGGAAAGGAGGACGCACGAGAUGCAGCUCCAGGAGAUCCAACGGCAGCUGGACCUGCUGGGCCAAGACCAGGAGAUGACAAGCGAGUCAGAGGCCCUCAGUGAGCAGCAGUUACUGAGCCUGCUGGAUGCCUGUGAGCUGACAGAGUCUGAGCCAGGACCUUGAGACGCACACAUGGACCUCCUGCAUGCGAGGCCCUGCUGUCAAGAUGUCCAUCAAAUGACGUGCCGUCGCUGAGAUCACGCUUUCUGCCUUCUAAGUCGGAAACAAGUGUAGCGGAUGCACACAUGUUUCAUUGUCACAAUAUGUAAUUGUAAGUCAAGAAAAACCCAGAGUGAUUCACUGCCUUUUGGGCACCAUGAGGCUUUUGUACGUGAAGACGUAUAAAUAAGGUGUCAUAUAUUCACUGCAUGCAUGAAACUCACACAUUCAACGAGCGUUCCAUCCUGCUUUCCUUCUACCCUUCAAGUACACGUCUUUCCCCAUCAGAAUCAGUAAAUUUGUGGAAAAAGAAUUGUUUAUAUUCAUGUUGAUGAUUCAGCAUGAGGAAAGAACAGGGCCACCGCUUGUAUUAACAUACUGUAAGUAUCACUGACGUCAUUAAACCUAAUCACCUGGUAUUCCAGCCACAGAAUGUUCCUAUCGCAGCACAAUUGUGGUGUUGUUGGGGUGCAUUUAUAGUCUGCCAGUGUGUCUGCGUCCAUUAGUGGGGUUUUCUAUUCAACACAGCGCAGUGUCUAAAUGACAAAUGUCUUAUAAUUCUGAUAGUCCUCUUUUUAGAGUCAAUUCCUUGUGUGUUUUUGUGGAUGUGUGUCUGACUUACUGUUCGGCCGAGGCUGAGUGGCCGUACAGUCAUCCCCCAUUAAUAGCUUUUAAAUGGUUCCACACUCAAUCGCGAUAAAUGAAUUUCCGCAAUAUAGGAGUCAAUGUUAAUAAAUUAUAUACAAUC